AUUACAACCAUGGAGGGCACUCCUCUGCUGGGCGUCGAGCAGCCGUCCCGACCGCUGGCUUUCGUCACACGCCAGGCGGCGCGCGAGGUCAGCUUCCGUCGACGCCUGCUGUCCAGCGCCAACGAGCUUCGACGUUUUGCGGCGAGACUCACCGCUGCAGUCGUCAUAGUCAUGGCUACUGUCUACUUCACCGUCGGCAGCAGAUCUUAUGAAAGAAAUGUCCGAGGCGCGCGCGGGACCGGCAACAAGUCGCGCGUGCUGUUCCUGGAGACCGGGUACGCGUUUGAAGUCACCGGCCGCUUCUCGUGCGCCAUCGAGUCCGCGGCGAGGCACCACCCCGGUUGGACCGUGCACGUGCUCGCCGCGAUCGACACGACCAACAGCAGCGCCGACGUAUGGCUGGACGGACCUUUCAAGAAGAUGCUGGGCCGGCUCCCAAACGUGGUCUUUGGUAGCGUGCAGGUGACUGAUAUGCUCCGCGGCACGCCGCUGGAGUCGUGGAGCUUGCCGAAUCCUCGCAGGGGCGGUGUCAGUGAGCACCUGUCAAACGCGUUGCGCCUGGCGCUCCUAUACAAGCGAGGCGGCGUCUACCUCAGCAAGGACACCGUGGUCAUGCGGCCGCUUCAUGAGUUCGACUGCUGCCUGUCCCAGACAUCGCUGCGCAAGGGCGACUCGGUCAGCAACAGCUUCCUGUUCUUCAAAGCGGGCCACUCGUUCCUGCGCGACGCGAUGGAGCGCAUCGCCAGCGACCACCAGCCGGAGGUCAAGUCGUCCCUGGGGCCGUCGCUGUUGCACGACGUGCUGCUCGAGCGUUGCGGCGUCACCAGCGUGGCGCCACUGGCCGAGGACGGUCGCCGAUGCCGGGGCGUGCGCGUGCUGCCGUGGCCAGUGCUCAUGCCGGUUCCGUACACGGCCUGGCCCUUGCUGUUCGCCCCCGACGUCGCCGCCGACACGAACUCCUCUUGGUGGGAGGCGUGUCGGUACAGCCACGCCAUGUGCUUCUACGGCAAGCUGAGCGCCCGCAGGAAGGUCGAGAAGGGCUCGCCUUACUGGCGCGCGGCGUCCAAAAACUGCCCGCGCUCGCUGGAAAUCUCGAUCGAUGUGGACGGCCGGUUCUGAUGCAGAAUACGAGGACAUACUUGCCCGGCUAAAAGAGCGCGAACACCCGAGACGACACGGACGGCACUUCCAACUGAUUUGCAUACAGGGGGGGCAGGCGGGCACACGAAAUAAGUACAGAGGGAGGCGCGGAUAUUUGGAAGACGAAUCCAAACUCUUGAGACAACCAGGUAGUCGAAAAUGUUUGCUUUCGGGUGAGAUUUGAUUUUUCUUUUUUAAAUCUUUCAGGAUGCCCGAAUCGUUCGUUUGCGCAAUAAGUAAAUCAGUUGGAUGUGCCGUCCGCGUGGUCGGCAGUGUUUGUGCCUCUUCUUUUGUGUGUGUGGUGUUCUUUAUAGUGGCAAAUAUGUCUUUCAGCAAAUACAAUACAGUCCAAGAAGGAGCGGUUCGUUCCAGCACGGACAUCCUUGAGAGUGCUCAUAGUUUCAAUGAAUUGAUGCUUAAACUGCUUGCAAGUUUUGCAGAUGAACUAAAUGCCCUGCUUGCUCAUUUUUCUGUUUGUUCCUGUUGCUACCAAGGCUCCAUUGGUUCAAUAUUACAGACCGAGUUCGUCAUCACCCUGAUCAUCGUGCUUAUCGUUGCUGGACGCCAACCAAACAAUGUGCUUGCCCCUUUUUAAUAAUUUUCUUUUUUAAUUUUGCU